CCUGGUCCUUAACCCUCAAGAUCCUUGCACCUGGAACGCCAUGUGCGUUCCUGUCUGGAGCUUGGCAACGAGUAACUGCGCAUGCGCCUAGCGCCUGGCAACAGAGGUGGGAACGGUCGACAGAGGGCGUGAGACGCUCUGUCCAGGGCGGGGCGCGCCAGUCACGGGGAUAGUUGCGAGUAGGCAGCGGCUAAAGAGCCGGCUCAGCGCGAGGCCGCGGUCCAGUGGAGGCCGGGCGGGGGCGGGGCGAGGCGGCUCCGGAAGGAAGUGGUUCCGGGUCCUCCAGCCUUAGUCCGGGCUGUCGGAGGGCGUUGUGCUGAGAGGCGGCGGCGGCUUGAGCGGAGGCCAAAGCGGCCAGUGGCGACGGCGACUUCCCAGCAGGUUUACAAGUGGCUAGUGGUUCACGUGUCAAGAUGGCACGUUCACACUCUCGGUCUCCCAGGUGGAAACACAGGUCUUUAUCACCACUACCUAGAAAUUCUCAAUACUACAGGCAAAGACGUGCUUAUGGGCAUCAUGGCUGUGAAUAUAGGAAGGAUCCUAAAAGACCCGUUGCUUCGAGAACUGAGGAUGAGAAACACGCACAGUGCAAACCAAGGAUUCCUUUUCAUGGAAAUACCUGUCACCGGUUUUAUGAACAUAGAUUACCUCCCCCAAACAUAAGAAGAAACUCUUUAGAAAAUGCUUAUGCUUAUAAAUCUUAUGGAGUGUAUGUAGCAGUAAGAGGGGAGGGUAGCAGAAGAUCUCAGUAUAUGCCUAAAUGCUCAGAAAGUAUACUUUCCCAAGAGCACCAGAGGAAUUGCUUUCUACAGAAUAUACAAGGAAGGUUUAUUCCAGAUAACCAUAGAAUGCGAGGAGAUGGGAAAGGAGGGAAAUCACCUCAAAGGCCAAUAACAGAUUCUUUUAGAUUUGAUGGCAGAUGGAAUGAAGAUGAGUUGAGGCACCAGAGGACACAAGAUGAAAAUUAUUCUCAGUCACUUAGAAGAGGCGCUGGCGAUUUUGAAAAAAGGAGCUCUUUUCAGAAGAGGUAUCCUGAGGAUCGUGAUUUUAGAAAACAUGGACACACAUCAAAAAGACCUAAAGAUAUGAAGAGGUAUGAGAAGAGAGAACCUGCCAGAAAUUCACAAUGGAAGUCUGGGCAUUCUGUUAUAUCAUACCAAGAGAAGAAAGGACAGCAGACCCUUGGAUCCCAAAUUCAUCAACAUCCUCACAGGAAAACCCCAGAGACCAGUUUGACAACCAGGGUAUCCUGUGGCUAUCACCACCACAAAGAUCACAAGACUUCAGAUGGAGACCAGUGCUUUUCUGAUGGAAGAACUCAGAAGUACUGUAAAGAUGAAGAAAGAAAAUACAGUUCUCAAAAAGGUCCUGCAAAUAGAGGGUCCUGCUAUGUUAAUGCUAGAAGAAGGAGAGAGACUGAACAUGGGCAAGUCAGAGAACAUGUUAAACCAUCUAAAAAACACGGUGCCGCCUAUCCUCCUUCAGAUGCUUUUUCAAAUAAAAGUGACAUUGGUUUGAGACCCUGUAAUGAUAAAGUAAUGAAAGAAGGGGAUGACAAAAAAGAAAACGACUCUUCCAGUUACCAAUUUGAUAAAAGUCAAAAAGUUCCCAAUAUGAAAUCUUCAUUGGACCAUCUGAGGAAGAAAUCAUUUACAGUUAAAAUAGAUGUGAAGAAAACAAUAAAUAUAUCCAGCAGGAAAAAUGAGAACUUUCAUCCAGUGUUUGAACAACUUGACUCAACUCAGAAUACUGAAAAUGCAGGAGAAUUUGCUCAGGAAAUCAUAACUAUAAUCCAUCAAGUUAAAGCAAAUUAUUUUCCAUUACCUGUCAUGACUCUAAAUGAACGUUUUUCAAAAAGGAAAGAUAAAGAAGGUGCAGAUGUAACUGAAAUGAAAUGUAAUUCAUAUCCAGAAGUUCACAGGAGGAUAGAUUUGACUUUCGCUGAGCUUCAGAGUAAACAAACACACAAACAAAUUAUGGUAUAUGAAUCAGAACAGACUCUGGUCAAAAUAAUAGAUCCAAAUGAUCUACGACAUGACAUUGAAAGAAGGAGAAAAGAACGGUUACAGAAUGAAGACGAACAUAUUUUUCACGUAGCUAGUGCUGCAGAGAGGAAUGCCCAGCAAUCCAGUCUUUUAAAGUUGGAGAAUAUUGAUGAUGAUGGAUUCAAAAAACCUACAUAUUUUAUAAAAUCUAAUUUUAGGAAAUUUAUUGAGAAACCUCCUAUGAGUCUUAGACUUGGCAGGUUCCAGCCCAAGUAUAAAUCAGGCCUAGCAAAGAAGAGCUUGCACAUUCAGGCUAAAUAUCAGCGUUUACGUUUUGGUCCUAAAGGAUUUAUCACUAAUAAAUACAGACAGAGGUUACUAAGGAAAAAAAAGGAAUAUAAAAACACUGUCACAGCAGUCUAAUCUGGAAUUGUUACAAAUGGAAAAAGCACUACAGGAAGAUAAUUGGAAGCAUCUCUUUUUGUCAUGAGUUUAAAAUCGACACAAAGGCACUAAUAAAUAUUGUAAUGUUCUUGAUCAAAAAUGUGUUUUUCUGUAGUGGAAUGCUGCAGCUUUUAAAAACUUAGCAAUUACUUAUAAAUUACAGUCUUCAACUUAAAAAGUUGUAUUAACUAGUUUCUUUUGCAAAAAAUCUCAAAUGCAUCUACUGAUGCAUUUUUUCCCUCAGCGCAUGGUUCCAUAGAGCAAACUGAAUUAUGUCCAGACAUUUAUAUGUUGAAAAUUUAGCUUAUGUAAUAAUACACAAACAAAAGUAUAUGAAUUGUAUAGUGUCUAUACAUGAAAGACCUUGUACAGUGGCCUUACAGCAGCAAGUUUUAUAGCAGAUUUUCUUUAUCUAAUGAUGUUCUGGCUUAUAACUUAAAGUUUUCUUGAGUUUCUGGAAAUCAAGGCCUACAUAACAUAUACAUUUCGUAUUAUAAGAAGGAGAGUGAGAAGGUGCUUCAAAAUUUCCAUCGUGCAGUUGUGAAUGUGCUGAGUUUUUAGGAAUUCGUUCAUUAAGGUUUUUCCACAACAAUUAGCUCUUUUCUAAUUUCAAAAUGCUAUUGUGGAAAAUAUGUAAAGAUUUUUAAAUCUAUAUUCCAUCUUAUUUUCCCUCAGGGCAAGCUUAUGGAUAACAUAUUUUUAAAGGCUUUUUAAAACUGACAGAUAAACUCAUUUGGAAAUUUUAAUUUACUACUACAGCAUUACACAUUUUGCAAGCACAUAUUAUAAAAAUGUUUAUUUUCCAUUCAGUUGAUGUGUAUUGAGUAUCUACUUUGUGUAAGAUGAAAUCAAAUGUUAAAUGAAAUUUUGGCUCCCAGCACCAUAUUUGCUUUUGUGUGUUGUGCUCAUAGCACAUAUACAUUACCAGAUAAAUUUUUGUGAAAUAUUUAUUUGUAUUACAAUAAAAUAUCAUUGCCUCUUCUGUGCUAAGAAAUUA